GCCUUGGAAAGCAGGCUUAAUUCCAGAUGUGGUCUAACUAAGGCCCUGCCGGGGUUCAGUAAUCCCCCCCGCCUGCCUCCGAUCGCUCUCUGAAAGCGUGCCAGGGCCCUUUCCGAGCCCGAUUCCUGCAGGUUCGCCGAAGGCCGGCCCGCCCGGGGUCUGGAACUCGUCACACGGUCGAAACGCAACCUGCCAGAGGUUUUACAGGAGCCACCACAGACCAGGGUGGGGUGGGGAUCAAUAGAGAACCGCAGAGGGCAGAGGAGAGGAGGUGGGAGUGCGUCAGAGACCCUGAAAAACGACCGGGAAAACUCUCUAGGAUAUCUUGAACAGAAAAUCCACUGCCGUCUCAAGCAAGACAGGUAAUUAAACACCGAGAGCAGACGCAGAAGAGAGGAGAUCUUUCGAUCAGGCAUGUGGGCACCGAUUCGGGGUCGAAUUCGGGAGAAAACACCCGUGAUCUAAGUAGCUCACGUGCCGGACGUGCGUUAUUCCGGAGGUGAACGGGGCCCGACGGGAGAUCUGCGCGUGUCCCAGCUCUGAAACGCGUGGGCACCGAGGAGCUGCUCGUGACAAGGCCCCUUCUCGAGCUUCAGCUGAUUAAAAUAUCGUUUGCAUAGGAAGAGCCGGCAGGAGAGAAUCUCAAAGCGUUUUAACAAAGACCUGGUUACCGGUCCAGAAACAAGUGAAGGCCCUCGCGCUUCCUUCUGAAGAUCUUGCAAACACCGGACGGUCAUCGAAGAGCACAAUCACCUAAUCUUUACACAAAGAGCGGGGGGUGUCUGGAACAGGCCGCCCAGUUGAUUUUCCUGGAACCCCUUUCACAUAAUAGCUGCACAAGACCCUCGGCUCAAAAGCUACAGGCACCAAGAUGGGUCAGACAGCCUCAACUUGACUGAUGAUGCAUGAAAACUGGGGCUACUAAGUUUUCCUGUUUCAGAUGCCCCUGUAACUCGCCUUCCUCUAAGCUUUGUAAAUGAUCAGUAGGCCCUAAGUCAGGGAAAUUGUUUACUUUAGCCCUCUUUCGGUUUGUUUUUUUUCUGCACAUUUUCUAUAAAUUGUUACAUUUUUCAACGACGCCCUUGCGAAUCUGUCAGCGGUGUCCGCAAAUCAUUUCCAUUCUCGGAAGGGCUGGCAGCAGAAAGGUCAUAUUUGGCUUUGGAAGACUGCUGGAAGGGUGAUAUCGGCCCCAGUGAUCAGAGGGGGCGUCGAGCCCCACCCCCCAGACGUCUGCGUAGAAGCUCACUGGCUCUUGGGAAGAUGAGGCCCCAGGCUACAUCCCCUCCUCUUUCCUCUCUCCCGUAGCAGGGCCGGCCCAGAGUUCUCACCCCGCCCCCUGCCCCGCCCACCAUGCCACUGCCCCACCCCUACCACACCCCCGUCCCCGCCCACCCCAACCUCACAAACUCCUCCUCCUCCGCCGCGUCCUCCAACUCCAGCUCGGCCGACCCCCUGGGGGGCCACGCCGUGUGGGAGGUGGUCCUGAUCGCCUUCGUCACGGGCUCCCUGUCCCUGGUCACCAUCGUCGGCAACCUGCUGGUCAUGAUCGCCUUCCGGGUCAACAGCCACCUGCGCACGGUCAACAACUACUUCCUGCUGAGCCUGGCCUGCGCCGACCUGGUGCUGGGGGCCGUCUCCAUGAACCUGUACACCACCUACAUCAUCACGGGCCGCUGGACGCUGGGCAACCUGGCCUGCGACCUCUGGCUGGCCCUGGACUACGUGGCCAGCAACGCCUCGGUCAUGAACCUGCUGGUCAUCAGCUUCGACCGCUUCUUCUCCGUCACGCGGCCCCUGACCUACCGGGCCAAGCGGACCCCCCGCAGGGCGGCCAUCAUGAUCGGCCUGGCCUGGGCCAUCUCCUUCGUCCUGUGGGCCCCCGCCAUCCUCUUCUGGCAGUACGCCGAGGGCACCAGGACGGUGCCGCCGGAGGAGUGCUCCAUCCAGUUCUUCUCCCAGCCCAUCAUCACCUUCGGCACGGCCAUCGCCGCCUUCUACCUCCCGGUCACCAUCAUGAUCAUCCUCUACUGGCGGGUGUACCGGGAGACGGAGAACCGGGCGAGGGAGCUGCCCGGCCUCCUGGGCUCGCAGGCCCGGGGGGCGGCGCCGCCGCCGCCACCGCCUGGACCCCAGCCGCGGGCCAGCGCCAGCAGCGGGACCACCACCACCAGCAGCAGUAGCAGCAGUAGCAGCUGCGAGAGCCCCGCCGGGCCCCAGAGCCCGGGCCGGGGAAGAGGAGAGCCCCCGGGCUGCUGUCUCCUGCGGCCCAAGCAGCCGCUGGAGGAGAGGAGGAGGAUGAGGAGGAGGAGGAGGAGGAAGGCUCCGCCGCAGCAGGGCGAGAGGACCUACCGGGAGGCCAACAGGAACGGGAACUGGAACGGGGAGGAGGAAGGCUCGGAGGACUCUUCCUCGGAGGGGGAACCCCAGCGGGAGGCGAAGGGGGUCUACGCCAUGGUGGCCCGGGUGCCCCUGAUCCGGGCGGGCCGCGGCGGCGCCCCGGCGGAGGCCGGGGGGGGAGGCGUCUCGGAUCCCGGCCUGGCCCGGGUGCGGGCCUCGGGCUCCGGCAACUCCUCUUCCUCCUCCCCGAGGGACAGCCUCAACCUGUCCUCCCUGGCCCGCUCGUCCCCCGGCUCGCCCAAGAGGCAGAAGCGCCGGAGCCAGUCCCUGAUCAAGGAGAAGAAGGCGGCCAGGACCCUGAGCGCCAUCCUGCUGGCCUUCAUCCUGACCUGGACGCCCUACAACAUCAUGGUGCUGGUCUCCCCCUUCUGCGACAAGUGCGUGCCCGACACCCUCUGGCAGCUGGGCUACUGGCUCUGCUACGUCAACAGCACCGUCAACCCCAUGUGCUACGCCCUGUGCAGCAAGUCCUUCCGGGUCACCUUCCGGAUGCUCCUGUUCUGCCGCUGGGACAAGAGGCAGUGGGGCAAGCCCCACCCCAGCGCCCGCCCCUCCUACUGCCCCUCGAAAACCAGCAGCAGCACCGUCUGAACAGCCGCCCCCCCCCUCCUGUCCCGGGACCGUCACGCGGUCUCGUCCGCGGGGGGAAGGGAUGCCCCCAAAUCGUGCUGCGCACCCCC